GUCUAAUCCUGGUCUAAUCCCAGUCUAGUCCUGGUCCCGGUCUGGUCCUGGUCUGGUCCUGGUCUGGUCCUGAUCUGGUCCUGGUCUGGUCCUGGAUAUGCCCUUCUCUGGCUCUGGGAUCCAUGGACGGCGUGGCUCUUUCAGGUUUGGUGCAGAUUGUGGAGUUUUCAUGGAUUUCAUGAAGAGUCACAGCUGUUACGAGGCUGUCCCCACCAGCAGCAAAGUCCUACUAUUAGACACCAAGCUCCAGGUGAAGGCUGCAUUCUUGGCUCUGGUCUCUAACGGUCUCAGAGCAGCUCCUCUUUGGGACAGUAGGAGACAGCGCUUUGUUGGGAUGCUGACGAUCACAGACUUCAUCAACAGCCUUCACUGCUUCUACAGGUCUCCUCUGGUUCAGAUGUUUGAGCUGGAGCGCCAUCGCAUCGACACCUGGAGAGGUCUGGCCUUUCAAAAAGUUUAUCUGAAACAUUCCCAUCACGGUCUGAUCAGCAUCUCUGCAAACACCAGCUUGUUUGAGGCGGUCCUGAUGUUGCUCCGGUUUAAGAUCCAUCGACUUCCUGUUCUGGAUCCAGAGUCUGGAGAUGUUCUGCACAUCCUCACUCACAAACGCAUCCUCAAGUUCCUCUACCUCUAUUUGCAGACUCUUCCCAGACCCAGGUUCUUGGAUCAGUCGGUCUUGGACUUGGGGAUCGGGACUUUCUCAGACCUCGCUGUGAUCCAGGACUCGGACUCUCUGUUCUCGGCUCUGACCCUGUUUGUCCAGCGGAGAGUCUCUGCGCUGCCUGUAGUCGACCAGCAAGGUCAUGUGGUUGGGCUGUACUCUAGAUUUGACGUCAUUAACUUGGCGGCACAGAAGUCCUACUCAGACCUGGAGGUGACAAUGACAGAAACUCUGAAACGAAGAACUUGUUUCAUUGAAGGAGUCCUCAAAUGUUACCCCCAAGAGAGUCUGGAGACCGUACUUCAGCGGAUAGUUCAGGCACAGGUCCAUCGCCUGGUCAUGGUGGACUCUGCAGACCGGGUCCAGGGGAUUGUCUCUCUCUCAGACCUGCUCCAAGCUCUGGUCCUGAGCCCGGCUGGGAUCAACGCCCUGCUCCCAUGAUGCACCUGGGCUCCACAACCUGGAGUCUGCAGUCUGUGGAAGAGCUAAGGAUCAGGACCAACAGAAGACCUCAAACAGGAU